CAUACGCCACGGCAUUUACUUUCACUUUUUUACUGUAUUUAGGAAAACUGUGACGUAAAAUGUGUUCCUAAAAACAUCAGUCGAUGUCCUAAAAACAUAAUAGCUAAAUUAUUCCGACGUGAAUGAUCACAAUCAUAUACAAUCUAAAUAUAAGUUAAUUCCCGUCGCAGUUCUUGGCACUCCUUGAAGUAGUAUUUAUAAGCGACAUGCUGAAAAUAAUGGUUCAAUACAGUGUGAGUGAAGACGGCGUCUGAAACGCACACCUUGCUAUCCCAUUGUAUAUUCAAAUCGAUCACGUGUUUUCAACAUAAUUCGUAUGCGUUUUCUGUCUAAGUGCAGCUUUGACGAUUUUGUAAUGGAAAGCGGUAACGAAUUCGAGCCCGUCGUCCGCCGUUAUGAAUAGCCGUCAACUUCGUAGGCUCGCUGCCAUCAGCCGACCCCUUUACGAGCAUCCAACAGCAUGCAUCUGCAAUAGAAAUUACAGUCAAGUGAGGCCCGUAUAUGUUAUAGAAAGACCUAAAUGGCGCAAUUCAGCACCGAGUUUCUACGCCGCUCAGUCAAUUGAUAUGAGACACUACUCAUUCGUGCACAACUUAGAUCCAGCAGUACGAGAAGGAUCACACAAAAAUGCGGAUGACGUCCUCUUUGAUAUGUUCAAAAACGAAGACACAGGCUUACUUCCCGUGGGAAAAUUUUUAGCCGCAUUGCGAACAACCGGCAUAAGAAAAAAUGAUCCUAGAGUCAAAGAAGUAAUGCAUAAUUUGUACAAAGUACAUAAAGAGUCAAACUUCGAAGGUGGAUCACCAGAAACACUUAAACUCGAUAGAAAAUCGUUUAAAGAAGUAAUAUCACCUAAUAUCGUAUUGAUAACCAGAGCAUUUCGUAGUCAAUUUGUAAUUCCGGACUUUCAAGACUUUAUUAAAGACAUCGAAGAAAUGUAUUGGUCGGCCAAAAGCAAUACGGACGGUAAAGUCGCCAGCUAUAUCCCACAGCUGGCUAGAGCAAGUUCAGAAAAUUGGGCUGUUAGUGUUUGUACUAUCGACGGUCAACGCUUUUCUAUUGGUGACGUGAAUGUUCCAUUCACUCUUCAAUCCUGUAGCAAGCCAUUGACUUAUGCGAUGGCACUCGAGACCCUAGGCCCUGAUGUAGUGCAUAAGUACGUUGGCACAGAGCCUAGUGGACGUAACUUCAACGAACUCGUCUUAGAUUACAACAUGAAACCUCACAACCCUAUGAUAAACGCUGGUGCGAUCUUAGUUUGCUCAUUACUGAAGACUUUGGAUAAACCAGAAAUGACAUUAGCUGAAAAGUUCGAUUAUGUUAUGUCAUUCUUCAGUCGCCUCGCCGGUAAUGAGGCCUUGGGUUUCAACAAUGCGGUAUUUUUAUCUGAACGCGAAGCUGCGGACAGGAAUUAUGCACUGGGAUUUUACAUGCGUGAACAUAAAUGCUAUCCGGAGAAAACUAACCUACGAGAAUGUAUGGACUUUUACUUUCAGUGCUGUUCUAUGGAGGCGAGUUGUGAUAUAGUAUCAAUUAUGGCUGCUACUUUAGCAAAUGGGGGUAUAUGUCCAAUAACUGAUGAAAAGGUACUUCGUCCAGAUUCCGUGCGCAACGUUCUAUCUCUGAUGCAUAGUUGUGGAAUGUAUGACUAUUCUGGUCAAUUUGCGUUUAAAGUGGGACUACCAGCAAAAUCUGGAGUAUCAGGAGCUAUGCUUAUUGUGGUUCCAAAUGUUAUGGGCAUUUGCACGUGGUCUCCACCUUUGGAUCCACUAGGAAACAGUUGCAGAGGUCUACAAUUCUGUGACGAAAUGAUCGAGCGAUUUAAUUUCCAUAAAUAUGACAAUAUUCGUUAUGCAAGCCAUAAGAAGGAUCCCCGCCGUUACAAAUUUGAAUCCACCGGUCUCAGUAUUGUUAAUCUUUUAUUUUCUUCAGCAAGUGGAGAUUUAAGUGCCCUACGCAGACAUCAUCUAUCAGGUAUGGACAUGACUCUAUCAGAUUACGACGGUCGUACAGCUUUACAUCUUGCUGCAGCGGAAGGACAUCUAUCUUGUGUAGACUUUUUACUUGCACAAUGCGGUGUACCACACGAUCCACAAGAUCGCUGGGGAAGUCGUCCCCUCAAUGAAGCUGAGACUUUCAAUCAUUCCGCUGUGGUUCAGUAUUUAAAGGAGUGGGAAUACUCUCACCCAGAAAACAAACCACUUGAACAAAAGCCCGAUACGGUGGAUCAAAUACUGAAGCCAGAAGUAAAACCAGAUGCAGAUGAUGCUGUAAAAGACCCAAGCAUACAAGAAAUAGUAUCUAGGAACGGUGACAAAGUACUGUAAAUAUUUGAAUUUAUGAUUUAUUAGGUAGGUGUGUUGAAACUUCAAAUAUUAUCAGUAGGUACUUAUGUAUCAUGAACAUUAGCAAGUUUAUUUAUAAAAGAAAACCAAACAAGACGUAAUAUAUCGUCACAAGCAAGAUCGUGCAUUUGUGUCGAGACGUUCAAUAGAGCUUGUUUAUAGUGGUU